GGAAUCUGCGCGUUCACGCGGCAGAACCUGAACUUCUCUGUCGGUCCUGGAACGAGCUGCCGAUCAGCUGGAGGUGAUCGAUCAUGGAGUUAUUGGUUCGAUAUCUGGAGAGGAGCAACUCUAUCAGCUCUGUUAUGACUCAGGAUGUUAUCAAGGAGCAGAACCUCAGAGAUGACCUCCGGUAUUACUUCAUGAGUCCGUGUGAGAAGUACCGGGCCCGGCGGACCAUCCCCUGGAAGAUGGGAGUCCAGAUCCUGAAGAUCGUCAUGAUCACCACUCAGCUCGUCUUGUUUGGCCUCAACAACCAGCUGGUGGUUUCCUACAAGGAGGAGAACACGAUGGCACUCAAACACCUCUUCCUGAAGGACUACAGCGGCGUGGACGAGGAUGAAUACAGCGUCGCCGUCUACACCCAGAGUGACGUCUAUGACAGCCUCUACUACGUCCUGGACCAGUACAGCCAGCUCGGCCAGCUCUCUGUGGGUCCCAUCAGUUACGCUGAAGAUGAAGAUGGGAAUCUGCUGCCGCUGGUUGUCUGUAAGGAAUAUUACCGGAGGGGCAGCGUGGAUCCUUCAGACGAGACGUACGACAUCGACGCCCAGCUGGAGACCGUUUGCAUGUCACACGAUCCAGUGACUGCAAACCACUGGAGAACCCAGAAUUCUUCCUUUUUUCAGUUGGACUUUUACAGACUUGUUGACAUCAAAUUAACCUUCCAGCUGAAGGGAAUCAACCUGCAGACGGUCCGAUCGCGGGAGCUACCAGACUGCUACUCCUUCUAUGUGACGAUAACAUUUGAUAACCAGUGUCACAGCGGAAAGGUGAAAAUAUUCCUGGAUAUAGAUGCUAUGAGCAGCGCCUGCCGAGACUGGAAGAUAUCUGGGACAGCUCAUAAGAACACUCACUAUCUGCUGGUGUUCGACGGCUUCGUCAUUCUGGUUUGCAUAACGUCGGCCGUGUUGUGCACACGCUCCAUCGUACUGGCCGUCAGGUUACUCCAGAGAUUUGCACAAUUCUUCCAGGAGAACUUCAACCGUAAAGUGUGUGAAGAGGACCAGGAUGAGUUCCUGAACGGCUGGUACGUGAUGGUUAUCAUCAGCGACCUCAUGGCCAUAGUAGGAUCCAUACUGAAGAUGGAGAUACAGGCAAAGAGUUUAACCAGUUAUGACGUGUGCAGCAUCUUCCUGGGAACGUCGACUUUACUGGUGUGGGUCGGAGUCAUCAGAUAUCUGGGAUACUUCCAGAAAUAUAAUGUCCUGAUUUUGACCAUGAAGGCAGCGUUCCCCAAAGUCCUGCGGUUCUGCUGCUGUGCCGGUAUGAUCUACCUGGGAUACACCUUCUGUGGAUGGAUCGUCCUCGGACCAUACCAUGAGAAGUUUGAAGGUCUGAGUCGAGUAGCCGAGUGUCUCUUCUCCCUUCUGAACGGAGACGACAUGUUCACCACCUUCGCCCAGCUGAAGGACACCAACACUCUGGUGUGGCUCUUCAGCAGAGCUUAUCUCUACUCCUUCAUCUCCCUCUUCAUCUACAUGGUGCUGUCGCUCUUCAUCGCCCUCAUCACCGAUGCCUACGAGACCAUCAAGAACUACCAGAAGGACGGCUUCCCGCUGACGGACCUGCAGAAGUUCCUCAGAGAACAGGCAGAUUUCCCAGUGGUGGAGGAGGACAGCCGGACAGACGCUGGACAGUCGGUUCUCUGCUGCUGCCGGCGAGUUCCAGUAAACGACGAGGCGAUCCUGAUCAGCUGAUGGCGUCCAGAUGAGACGGUUUAAGGAGGAGAGGAUGGAAACCAGAAGAAGAUUCAGCUGCAAAAUCCUGGAAAGUUUAUUGACUAAGAAUCAGUUCCUUUCUCUGGACGUGGAACUGAGACUGAAGCUGGAACUAAAACCAGAAGGUUUCUGGUGUUCAUCUUCAUCUGUUGGAACUCUGGAGGAUUUUAAGAUUUGCACAAACCAAAGAACUGGAUUCAGUGUUUUCUGAACCCUCGACUUGUAAUUUAUUUGUUGUAGUAAAAAUAAUCUUUUCAAUUA